UCCAUGGGGCAGUGUGGGUAUGGGGAGGAAUGAGCGCGGGAAGUGACGCGAUGUCGCGCUGGUGAUGUCAUCAGAGAGCGACCCACACCUGGUUAGUCAGUCGGUGCUCGGGCUGUAAGAAGCCGCUCACCGGGAACAUGAACGCACCGCCCGCAUUUGAGUCCUUCCUGCUGUUCGAAGGAGAGAAGAAGAUAACAAUUACAAAGGACACAAAAGUACCAAAUGCUUGUUUAUUUACCAUAAACAAGGAAGAUCAUACAAUAGGAAACAUCAUUAAAUCUCAGUUGCUGAAAGAUCCUCAGGUGCUGUUUGCUGGAUAUAAAGUUCCACAUCCACUGGAACACAAAAUAAUUAUAAGAGUUCAGACAACCCCUGACUACAGCCCUCAAGAAGCAUUCACCAAUGCAAUUACUGACUUAAUAAGUGAAUUGUCCCUUCUUGAAGAAAGAUUCAGAGUUGCAAUCAAAGACAAACAAGAAGGCAUUGAAUAAUGCAUUUGCCACUGAUAAUUGUUAGAAUAUUUGCAAAUUUAGAACCUGUUCUUUAUGUGUUUGAUUUGUAUUGAGUAAUAUUUUUUUAUAAAUAAAAUAGCAUAAUAUUGGUUAAAACAGAUGUCACUUUUUAUUUAUAUAAUGUAUAAUUUUAUAUUGUUUUGCCAGUGAUGCUGAAUUAUUUGUCUAACAGAAUAGACUUUAGCAAUGUAGAUAAGCUGUACGCAAGAUUGUUCAAAUAAUUUCAAGAUAAUAAG